AUCACCUUGGUAUCAUUCGGUAAUUUCCAUAAACGUGUCUUUUGUAGGUAUUAUAUCGCUACUGAACGCGUGCACAGUAAACAAUAAGCCAACGCAAGAAAGAGAUACGACAUGGGCAAAGCAAAAGUUAAGUAAAGUAGCUCAUCCUCACUGUUCUCAUCGGAGGCUAUACUGCCGACAGCCAGUCUCCUCGUACCACCAAAUCAAAGGAGCGAUGCCCCGGAUAGAGGGCAAGCACACUGCGGCCUCCACUGUGGUCGGAUGGCAGGCACAGGACAUCAGACGAAACGUGCCAUUUCCGAGCUUUCGACCCCGGCACACUACAGGAGAUAUGUUCUCUCAGAUCAUUGGGCGACAUUCGUAUCGGAAAGACCUAGAUCUAGCUCAAAUCUAUACUCAUAACCGGAGACAUGGCCCGUCCAUCAUCCCAUACUUGUGCGGGGAACUGAAAGACUGGAAGAAGCCAGUAUUCGGACACAAGUGUUGGAUCAGGAAGUGAACUUUGCCCUCUCCGGACACAGGAAGGAAUACACAUGCACUGAGAACGAAACGAACAAAAAAGCGACAGCAAUUCGAAAGUUGAUACCACAGGUGGUAAAAACAGCCGACCCCUGAACGUGAAAACACAUUAAUUUUUGUGUUAAUUCUCUUGGCCUGAGGAACUGUUUUACUUUUCCCUACCAAAAAAAUUUAAGCUAAAUCGUGCGAAGUGAUAUCGUCAAACCGAGUUUUAAAAUGAUAUUGGCCUAAUAAUAUUACUAACACAUCCCGCACGCACACGCACACGCGCACGCACACACACACACACACACACACACACACACACACACACACACACACACACACACACACACACACAUGUACGGUGGGAAAAAAAUAAAUUAUAAAUCGACUGUCUGGUCAUGACAAAAACUUUUUGUAAAAGUUCACCUGACAAUUUCGUUUGUCUUUUUGUCUCUGUU